AGUUACAACCACACAUCGGUGGGAUUAUAUUUUGUUGAAUUACUUUAUUGUCACAAUAUAAUGUCCGCUUUGAGUUAAUAUAACAAUAAUAUUUACAACGUCAUAAAGCGGCCACAGUUUCAAUUUAGAUAAAGACUGUUAGUCAGUUUAUCUAGCUUCUUAUAGAAGGUGUAUAUAAGACUAGAGGAAAUUUUACGUUCAUUAGGCUACAGUUACUUGAGAAGACAUCAACAAUGACGCGGGACGUGGAACUGUCUAAGAUUCGCGAGGAAUGCGAAGUCUUCCAUCUAUCAGAUAAGCAGUUGAAGGAGAUUAUGAGCAGACUUCACAACGAUCUGCUUAAGGGUCUAGGCAAAGACAGUCAUGCGAAUGCCAUUGUGAAGUGCUGGAUAACUUAUAUACAAGACUUACCGAAUGGAAAAGAGCGCGGUAAAUUCUUGGCCUUGGACUUAGGCGGGACAAAUUUCAGAGUUUUAAUAAUAAAUUUAGGCGACAAUCACUUCGACAUGCAGUCAAAAAUUUACGCUAUACCCAAUCACAUAAUGACCGGCACCGGGAUCGCUCUGUUCGAUCAUAUAGCGGAAUGUCUAGCUAAUUUCAUGAAGGAACACAACGUGUAUGAAGAACGCCUGGCUUUGGGCUUCACGUUCAGUUUCCCGCUGAAACAGCUCGGCCUCACCAAGGGUAUACUACAACGUUGGACCAAAGGAUUCUCAUGCUCCGGGGUGGUGGGAGAAGACGUAGUACAAGGCUUAAAAGACGCGAUCGCUAGAAGAGGAGACGUACAGAUCGAUAUAUGCGCCAUAUUGAAUGACACCACGGGGACUUUGAUGUCGUGCGCAUGGAAAAACCACAAUUGCAAGAUAGGACUCAUAGUCGGUACAGGCAGCAACGCGUGCUAUGUUGAGAAAACUGAGAACUGCGAACUGUUCGACGGGGAGCCCGGGAAGCCGGAGUUGUUGAUCAACACGGAAUGGGGCGCCUUCGGUGACGACGGCGCCCUGGACUUCGUGAGGACGGAGUUCGACAGGGACGUGGACGAGAACUCCAUCAACCCGGGGAAGCAGAUUCAAGAGAAGAUGAUAUCGGGCAUGUACAUGGGCGAGCUGGUGAGGCUGGUGUUGGUGAAGUUCACGAGGAUGGGGCUACUGUUCGGAGGCCGGGGCUCCGACCUGCUGUUCCAGAGAGGCAAAUUCUACACCAAGUACGUGUCCGAGAUAGAGUCCGAUAAGCCCGGAGACUUCACCAGCUGUAUGGAGGUCUUGGAGGAACUAGGUCUAGAGCACGCCAGCGAGUCGGACAUGGCGGGCGUGCGCCACGUGUGCGAGUGCGUGUCGCGGCGAGCGGCGCACCUGGUGUCCAGCGGCCUGGCGACGCUCCUCAACAAGAUGUCGGAGCCGCGCGUCACGGUCGGCAUCGACGGCUCCGUGUAUCGCUUCCACCCGCACUUCCACACGCUCAUGUGUGACAAAAUCGCCACGCUCGUACGACCGGGCCUGCAGUUCGACCUGAUGUUGUCGGAGGACGGCAGCGGCCGCGGGGCGGCGCUGGUGGCGGCUGUCGCGUGUCGCGAGAGAGAACUCGCGUAGUUAAACACAAGUACAAACCUUCGUUUAACCGUCAUAAUGCCUACACUUUUUGGACUUAGCUGUUAAAUCAUUUAGUUGUGUAGCCACUGUGCCUGUGUGAACAUCGGAGCUGUCUGAAUUAUUUUUAUAUCGGCUAGAAUAUGGAUAUCUAACGAGCUGACGAGGAAGGUUCGUUAGCUGUUCCCUAUGUGAGUGAAGAUUUCGCUGUAACAUCCACAUCGUACUUAUAAUUACCUUAGUCUAGUCACGAAGUGACAAUUUUUUUUUUUUAAAUUUAGAACGUUUUAAAUCAUAUCCCGCCCGUUUUGGAUUCAAAAGAAAUUUUUUUACCAAGACUGAAAAUUUUAAACGAAUAUGAUAAAUGUAAAUACGACAAUCAAUUUUCGGUUCAGUUCAACAUGUGUGGGUGAUUUAUAUAAUCUAUGUAGUGUUCUGUUCGAUACACUUAAAUGUAGCAAUAUGUUUAUGAAUCUCAGUGAACGCGCUGGUUCCUGCUGCUGUAGGCUUCAUCUACUAUCAUUCCAUUACGAACACCUACACAUUUACUUGUAUCGCUAUAGAUAUAUUAGCUGUAGGUAUUAUGUAUGUAGUGUAAGUACUUUCGAUGCUAUAUAUGAUUGAAAUGGUUUUUUUUUUUUUUUGUUGUUAAAUAUUUUACUGUGAUAGAGCUAGGACAUCGUGUAUCGUCUCCUUUUUUUUGAUUUAAGUAUUAAAAUAUAUGAUUGUGAAGAAAAUAUACAUAUGUUAGCAUUGUUUACAGGAUAAUAUAUAUUUACAAUAACAUCGCUUGUGCUUCAAUCCAUCUACCACAUAUAGUUCCUAGUUAAGGAUAGGUGCAUUUUACUUAAGUUUAGCUUUUCAUUAUGUUUUAUAGAUCGGUUUUAAAUUAUUUUACUGUCAUCGUUGAUGUGUGUCAUUAUAUGAUGUAUAUAACCAUUGUAUAAUGCUAUAUGCCGUUCACUGUGAGAACACACUGACGGAAUAUGUACCUAUUUAAAUCACAUAUAUACUUAAUGAAUUCGGAGUGAUUUUUUUUGUACUUAUUUUUGCUCAAAUUGGAUAUUAAUUUAAUGUACGAGUUUUAUUCAUCAUCUUAUGAAAAUUUCUGCUUAUAUUGUAUAUGUUUGCUACAUUCCACAGAAGCAUUGGACAUUUAUGAGCAGAAAUGUACAUAUCUCAAAUAUUUUAAUGUUGUAUGUAUAAUAUAAUUACAGCUUUUCUAUCCAAUUUGUAAUAUUUACACCGAUGUAUCGAUAGCAAUGUGACUAAAAGUUUUUCUAAAUAAAUAUUAUUUAAAUUAUUAGAAUAUAAAUCAUUCGGAACAUAAGAAAACAACUAGGAUGUAAACAAUGUUACUUUUAAAUAAUACAUUUUUAAAGAAUUUAACAA